GGAGGCGGAUCAGUGAGAGUCAGAGCAGAGGAGAGGAGGGAGCAAAGAGAAAGAAGAGGAGGACAAGGAAAGAGAGUCAUGAGGCCUAUGCUGUUCCUGAGGAGGAUACAUGUAUGAAUGGAUGACAGGGAGACCUGGAGAGACAUGAGAUGGAUUCGUGGGAAGAUGAGCAGGCUGAGCAGCGCUCUUGUCUUAUUUGCGGAGACCGUGCCACAGGACUGCACUAUGGCAUUAUUUCCUGCGAGGGCUGCAAGGGCUUCUUCAAGCGCAGCAUCUGCAACAAGCGCAUCUACCGCUGCAGCCGUGACAAGAAUUGCGAGAUGUCGCGCAAACAGCGCAACCGCUGCCAGUACUGCAGGCUGCUCAAGUGCCUGCAGAUGGGAAUGAACCGCAAAGCAAUCAGAGAAGAUGGCAUGCCAGGAGGCAGGAAUAAAAGCAUCGGUCCUGUACAGAUUUCCGAUGAGGAGAUCGAGCGGAUUAUGUCUGGACAGGAGUUUAAGGAUGAUGCCAACAUGCCGGAACACACUUGGGGAAACAACGGCGACAGUGACCACAGUUCCCCUGGCAACGGCGUCUCUGAUGGGAAUCAGCCAUCGCCUGUAUCCACACUUUCAUCCAAUCGCUCUGUGGAGCUGAAUGGCUACACUGCUGCUUUGAGGGAACAGUACAUUGGCAAUGCAAUGGCCCAGCAUUACCAGUUCCUGCCUCACCUGUUUGGAUACGCCGCCCAGCCUCGGAGUCUGUACCCCCAGAGUCAUACCCUCAUCAGCCAGCUGGUGGCAGCAGAGGAACUGGCCCCGCUGGGCACACCCAUGCUCAUUGAGGACGGGUAUCGGGUCACUCAAGUGGAGCUGUUUGCGCUAUUGUGUCGGCUGGCGGAUGAACUUCUCUUCAGACAGAUCUCCUGGAUUAAGAAACUUCCUUUCUUUUGCGAGCUGUCCAUCGAGGACUACACGCGGCUCCUGAGCGCCACAUGGCAGGAGCUCAUCCUGCUGGCCUGCCUGACGGUCUACAGUGCCCAGGUGCUGGGUGACCUCGCCAACGUCACCGACAAAUACACCCCGUCAGACGACGAGCUGCAGAGUUUCAGUGAGGAUGGGAUGGAGGUGAUGGAGAAGCUGAUCUAUCUGUUCCGGAAGUUCCAUCAGCUGAAGGUCAGCAAUGAGGAAUAUGCCUGCAUGAAGACUAUCAACUUCCUUAACCAAGAUAUCCGCGGUCUGACCAAUGUGACCCAGCUGGAGCAGUUGAACAAACGUUAUUGGUACGUUUGUCAGGAUUACACUGAGUACAAGUACCCUCACCAGCCCAAACGCUUUCCCGAGAUCAUGAUGUGUCUGCCAGAAAUCCGCUGCAUUGCAGGGAAGUUGGUCAACAUCCCUUUGGAGCAGCUCCCCCUGCUGUUUAAGGCAGUAUUGCACUCCUGUAAGUCAAGUCUGAACAACUACAGGACAAGCUCCUCCCCCUGUGUGACAAAGGGUACCGCCCCUGCCAACUAGCCCCGCCCCCUUGAAAACACCCUCCCCAUCUAUUGCACGGGGGUGGGGUGUUAUCUGGGGGUGGGGCUCCCGGUAUCCUCCUCCUCCUCUCAUGAAUGUGACAAGAAACUAUUUUAUGCAUUUUGUUUAGAUUAGUGUUGUUUUUUCUCUCUAUUUAUUACCAGACAGAGCUGAAUGUAUGUUGAUCCAAACUGUGCACAUGCUCCUUUUCAAAUGAAAAUGCACAAAAAGCGCAGUGGAUUUCACACGCUUCAGUCCAACUGCGAUAUGUGACGUGUAACCACUGAUAGAUCUACUACUUGGUUUUAUUUUAUACCUCUGUUCACUUUCUACCGAUAGGGACAGAUAAAGGAAUUGUUUUAUUGAAAGACUACCUCAGGAAGAAAACGUUUUACGUGCUCCCUCUCUGUUUUGCGAUGCUCCGAGCCGUUAACGUCAACACUGUACCUCGUGUUUGAGAAGGUCUUGUCAUUUCUUACGCAUUUGCGGUGCGCUGCAGUUCUCAAACACACGCUCGGUAGUCACGUGACUUUAUCUUUCCAUACAAGGCUGCGAUGGAGAGCGUGAUUGUUUACACAAAAGAGAGGUGUACGGGAAUGUUUCAUAAUCAUAGGCUGGGGACGAAACGACAACAGAAUAUGUGCGUUAAUAUUGUUGCUUUCUUACUUUUUUUUUUUUGACCAAAGUGUUAUGCAAAUUUGGAGGGAAGUAAGCCCUUGUUGAAAAUACGAGAGACUUCUGGGGAGAACAGCGGUGUCCAUCAUUAAGCUGCACACUCUACAUGUUUUACACUCGGAGGCUGUUUACACGACAAUGUUUUCAACCAAAAACAAGAAUGAGACUGAAAACACAUAUUUUUGAAAAUGGGUUUCAAAGUGCAAGUUUUUAAUAACGCCACCAUUAUCGUUUCCGUGUAAACACCCCAAACCGGAAUCUUUGAAAACGGUGACGUCAUGCGCGUGCGUAGUAUGUGUUAGGUAUUUAGACAUGCACAGUUUGUGUCGAUUUUAAAGGCGAGCGCGAACAAACAUACACAGCAACGGCGGAGUACAUGGUACUGUUGUUGAUGCGGAGGCACAUCAUAUACAACAUAUAAUCGUCACUUCCC